AUGUCACAAGCAGUCCUUAAAUUUUCACGCCUUACUCAAAAUGCAUUUUCUCCUACUAAAGCUUCUGAAAAAGCAGCUGGAUUUGACUUAAAAAGUGCCUAUGAUUAUGUUGUUCCACCUCGUGGAAAAGAGUUAAUUAAAACUGACUUACAAAUUGAAUUACCCUCUGGAUGUUAUGGAAGAGUCGCACCAAGAUCUGGAUUAGCUGUCAAAAACUUCAUAGAUGUUGGGGCUGGUGUUAUAGAUGAAGACUAUAGGGGAAAUGUUGGAGUAGUAUUAUUCAACCAUUCUGAUGAACAAUUUGCCGUCAAAAAAGGUGAUAGAAUUGCACAACUUAUAUGUGAAAAAAUUUUUUAUCCUGAAAUUGUAGAAGCUACUAAUUUAUCUGAAACUAAAAGGGCAGAUGGAGGAUUUGGAUCAACUGGAGUUCAA